AGUCAGCCAGGAGGCGCACGCGGGUUGAAUCCGCCUGGCCCAGUGAUCCCCACCCGCCCCCACCUUGGAGGUUCAUGCACGGCGUCACGUCCUGAGACAGUUCUCCCCAUCCACCCCCCACAAGACCCAUCCGGGGGAAAGGCGCUGUCGCUGUGAGCAACCCCCAAGCCCAGAGGCGGAGCCUGCCGCGGUUUGAAUCCGCCCACAAAGAAAGGACUCUCCCAGCCGUUUUGUUGCGCUUUCGGAGAGGGGAGCCUUACAAACGGCGCAUCGGCGAGCCAACAAAGAUAUUUUAAAGCUGCUUUAUUAUUAUUGUAUUAUUAUUUUCCACCCUGGGUUUAGAAGCAGGAGGACGCUGCUCCUUCCACCCGAACUUCUGGAACUUAGCAGGGCCCAUUAACUUCACCAGCCGCAACUAUGGUCGGAGGAGGCGUCUCGUCCUCCUCCUCUUCCCAUCGGAUCGAGCCUUUGCUUGCGACGCGGAGCCGAACAGCAUGAGAGAAGCGCCCCCAGCGCCAAGGGCAGAGCCCCGGGCAGAGAGGUAAGAGCCCAUCGGACCAGAAGGGAGGGGAAGGGAGAGGCUCGUUCUCUGGAGACCGACAGAUGUGCCCCCCUCCCCCAAGUCCCGAUCUGGGGCUGGCACUCUGGUAGGCACCUCUAGCCAUGUCGAUCUCUUCCCUUGACUUUCGUUCGCCUCGAGUUUUGCUUUCCGAAAGCUGGGCACCUUUGUGUGUGUUUUGUUUUAAAGUGCCAGCCAGUCAUGUGAUCCGAGCGUCGCCUGUUUUGUUUCCUUCCGUGCAAACGGAAGGAGGCCAGUCGUGUGGUUAUCAGCCGUCUGUUUUCCUGCCUUUUUUGUUUUCCUGUCUCUUCUCUCCCUGUUGUAUAAGGCUGUUUUUUUGAGAUUUUAGACAGGAUGUGCCCGAUGUCAGUGCUACAUGGAGGAGAACCACAGUUUGUGGCCUUUUACUUAGGAAACGCAUCCGUAUUUGUAAACAAAGGCUUCUAAGUUAUGAGAAGUGCAAACUUUUUGCAGUGGCGCACUUAGAUGGGAUUAUCUUUUGAGGAUAUUCAUCCCGUACCCUUCAACGAAGUCAUCCGGCCAGCUUAAAUGAAAUUAAGUUUACAAUAAAUCUAGGAGGGGGACGCACAUUAAAACACCACCAUCUAAAACAGCAACAUAAAAUCGUACUGUACUGAUUGUACAGUAGGAGAGAGGUGCAGUACAAAACCUGGCAAUUAAAGCCAUGUUCAGGCAUUCAGCUGAACAUUGCAGGGCUCAAAAUGUGAAUGGGGGCCGAUGCAAGCCUUGUCCCCAGUGUGAAGGUCUGAAUAGGGUUUCUAAGCAUGUUCUGUUGAACUCUUGGAACCUCUCAACUGGGAGGAUGUGGGAGGAUUUAUAAGUGUGUUCAAAUGAACAUGAUUACAAAUUCACUACAGGUGUUCACACUAAAUGCAUGAAGACAGAGGUGUUGAGGAUGGGGCUUGCCUGUGAUUAUAGGGAUCCCCCCCUCCCCAAAAACUUUCCAAUGCCAAUUAGAGUGGCUUAGAAAGUGAAUGAAGCACUAUAAAAUUUCCUGCCCCACACUAGUGAUUGCAUUUGUGCCCCUGCUCCAUCCACAGUUUGAGCCUGCAUGUAAUCCAGUGAAGAGAAAUGCAUAUAAAAUACCCCUUGGGCAAAAAUACAGGGUUGGUUGUUUUCACAGAACAGGGCUUAAGCCCUAACAAUUAUUAGAACUCAUUUUGGUGACAGUCAACGGAACGGUUGUGCAAGCAGUAUGAUUUCCACAUAUGCAAUGUAAUUCCUCCAUGCCCCAUAUGUGUGCCAUGCACUGUCCCCAAAUCUUGUCCAAAAAGUUGGGGGUACAUGAGGAGAGAGCGGAAAAUCCUGUUGCACAAUUAUUUGGUUGAGGUUGAAGGGAUGGAUAUGUGAGCAACUCCACCCUAUCCCAUUCCAUCCCUUGCUUUAGUGCAUUUGGCAUGAAGGUCUGAAGAGGGGUUCUAACUGGAAAAUUGGAAACUCUCCAUUGUUGAGAAGCCUGGUCAGGAGCCCAACAACCUCUGUAUGAGUUAACACAAUUUCUAGUCACACCUCAAUCAAAUAGUCACAGGGAUCCUCUGGCCCUGUAAAUGCAGUGUUGUACAAAUGGACUCCAGUCCAUUCUCAUAUAAGUCUGUGCCAUUCAUAAUGCUUCAUUCCAUUGCUUUAGCUGCCCACAGGCCUUUCUCCUGUGGACACCCUCACCAGCCCUUGCUUCUUCUAUCUUUCGAGGGAAGGGGAAACAUACCUUGUCUCUGUUGUCUCCUGAUCCAGAACUUGCAAGGUCAGGUAGGGUACCAUAGGGCAUGUGACUCUGUGUGUGACGUAAUCACUGCUUGUUUGUCCAUUUUCAUCUGUCUAGACAAAAAGUUGCAGAGCUGUUGUUUUGAAGGGAGUCCUGACAUGUGCGACAUCAUCUGAUCUCUCAUUACCCUGCUGUGUGAAGGAUCUUGUUGGUUUAGAAUUUAAUAGGAAAAAGUGCCCCCUGUGUGUAUACAUUAGAAUUUCACAAGGGGAGGAGAGAAAAAUCCCAGAAGAUGUGACUUGAUCAGAUAAUUAAACACACUACCGCGGGUCAGUUCUCACCCAUCCAGGACAGCUGCUAGAUCACUUUGAGUGAGACAUCCAACAUGAUUUUGUACACUUAGCCUCCUUUGUCAUCAUUUCAUUUUUUUGUUCUUUGCAAGUUUGAAUGUACAUCCAUAAUUUUGUGUGUGCCAGACACAUGUCAUUCAAAUGUAUUGUCCAAUCUUGAUUAGCACCAUGCCCUUCAUUCUGAUAUGUCACUUUUCUGAGAUGUCAGACAUUUGCAUUGAACCAUGUUUACCAUUCUGGCCAGCUCUCAAAUUGGCAUGCAAGACUGGGGUGUGGUUGGCCAUGGGAAUGCAUGCCAGUUUAUAUGCGUGUGCACAUGUAAAAACAAAUGUACUGAAAUCAAAGUUAUAGAGAAGCACAAGUUCACAGGCAUUUUUGUUCACACCCAUGAGAAUUAAUUUUCUUCUGUAGUGCUUCAUAUACAUAAUCCUAAAAACCAUUCUCUAAAGAUUUAGUUUGCUCAGGGUUGUUGUUGUUUCUUUUUAAGAACAAAUGUCUUUGCCUCUAUGGCAAGGGCUCACAAAAUGAGUCCGCUUUUAGUUUUUGUAUGCUUUUUCUGUUUUAAGUAUUGCCUUCUUUAUUGCUUUUAUUACAUUUCUGUAAUCCGCUCUGGGAUCAUGCUAGUGUUGAAGGUGCAAGAUAUAAAUUGUAGAAUACAUAAGUCGUGGGUCUCCCUAACCAAAGAAGAGAUUUGAAGUUCUCCACGUGCAAUGGUGGAAAAGGGUGUUAGGUGGCUGUGUUUCCCUGUGUGCCUGAGCCAGUAGACAUUAUGAUUGGUACCCCAUGAAUGCUGCUUUAAAUGGCGAGCUCUCUAUCUGCCACAGGUCCCUGUGUGAACAGAGCACUUCUCUCCAUGUCACCACCCCUAUUUGUGGGAGAGGCUUUGUGUUGACAAUAGAGGAAAUGGUCCAUUUUGGAGUGUGAGCUGCUAAAUGCACACAGCUUGACACAUGGAAAUAGUUUCAUAUGAAGUAAUUUAAAGUGCCUUCCUUAUAGUGGGUAUAUCACAUUCUUUAGUCCCCACCAAGGAUAGGCUUCAUCCAGGAAGCAUGAAAAAAGAAGGUUAAAAAAAGAAGCCAGAACAGAAGGUGAUUAAAACAAAAAACAAAAGAGUAGCCUUCUGUUCAGUUGCUUAAUCAUGACACAUUGCAUUUGAAGUUAGAACUAGCCAGAAUUAUUAGUCACCAUGUCUAGUAAAUAUAGUGACCUGUCUAGAUAAUAUUUUCUGCCUGCCAAGAGUUUGGUCAUCAUAACACACCUGUAAUGUACAUGGCAAAAUGGUUUUAGAGCCUCAACUUAUAUAGUCUACGUGCAGACCCAUUUACACACUAGACUGUAGUUCUGUAAGAAAUAAUGGUAAUAGUUUUAUUUUGUUUUCUGGUUGUAAGGUAGUGGUUCCUCACCAGGAAGCAGGUCUAUUCAGUAACCGCUAUGAAGUGCACAGGACCUCCAGAGAGCCAGAAACUUGCCUUGGCAAUGGAGCAUGCUCUAGCAAGAGAGACAGAGACUUGGAAGGUGCCAGUCUUCCAUGGUUUCACACUGAAGGUAUGCUCUUCAUAGAAAAGGACUGUGAUUCAUGAAGUUGGAGAGCCACAUGGCAUGCAUUUUUCAACCUUUGACCAGUAAUUUCCUUAGAUUGGCAACCUUAUUUAGUCAGUUUGAGUGGGGUAGGGAGAUAAAGAAGAGUUCCUCAAAAAUUGAUUAUAAUUCCUUCAUAUAAAAUGAAUAUAAAUUGGUUUGCUCUAGUGGGUAGGGAACCAGUCCCAUCACAUGCACCCAUACAGUCUACCACCAUGCACUUUGUAUUAUACAGAUGGGCAUUUUGUAGUCUGGGAUACAUUUAGUGAUUUUUACUUAGCAACAGAAUCCUUCCAAACAAGUAAAAAGACUGUGCCUGGGUAAAAACAAAGAGCUCUGCUCUCAUGUUCAGUAGUUGCACCUGUGAACCACCCUCUUACACUUGGGUAGGAGACUGUUUGUCUUUAACAAAAACUCUUCCAUCUAGACAUUAAUAACCAAUCCUGAUUACAGUGAGCAAUGAGAAACUAAAGCAAAAUCUCUGUUAUGUGUGCCUAAAAUUUUUUGGAAUAUAUUUCUAGCCUCUCUCUCAGUUAUGUUCUUUAAACUUCAGCAGAUCCCAAAUUAUUGUGUUUGUUUUAACCAACCCCAUUAUUCCAUUUUAGGGCACAGACAUAUCUCCAUUUUAUUAUGAGAAAGCUGUUUUGUGGAUCAGGGAAUCGAGUUUGCUCUUCCAGUUUUGCUCCGAAACGUUUGCUCUGGCUGUCAGCUUUUUUAAUCGGUUGUUGGCAUCAGUGAAGGUAAAGAGCUUCAACCUCACCCUAUUUCUUUUAUUAUCAAUGGAAAACAUAAUGGGGAUUUCGCUGGGCUGCAGCAUGCACUCAUCUAAUAUUAGAGAGCUGGAUCCAGAUGUGCAGUGCAGUCCUACUGGUACCCCAUGAAGGCUGCUUUAAAUUGUAAGCUGUUUGUAUACCACAGCUCCAAGUGUGACCCGAGUUUCUCCAUCAGUGUUAGCAUGAGCUAGGGCAGAAACACAUCCAAGUGCUUUGAUUAAAAUGUAAAUAAAGGGAAUAUAUGGAAUAGGUACAUUCUGCAUGAAUAACACUGAUCUCGCUUCCCUGUCCUAAUUCUGAUAUUUAAAAAAGCAGUGGCUGUUAAACAUUUCAUGCCAGGCCCUUUCUGUCUUGUAUUAAUUACUUGAAGUGAUUCCAUCUUAGACCAUAUACAAUUGUACCUCCUUUUGCGUCUGGGAUCUGUUCCAGAGCCCCAGAUGCUUGACGAAAAGGACGCUCGACAAAGCAGUGCUCUGCGCAUGUGUGAAGCACGAUUUAGUGCUUCUGUGCGUGCAGCAAAACCUGGAAGUAACCCGUUCCGGUACUUCCAGGUUUGCCGCUGACAUUGGACAAAAAGGACCCUAAACAGGGCGGUCUCAAAACGAGGUACCACUGUAUAGCUUUGAAGAGUACUGCUGCUAAAUUGCCAUGUUCCAGUUACUCAGAUAGACUCCUCUUACUGCUUGGUGCACCACAGUGAGGCAACUCAGAAGCAUGAAUAUGCGUGUGUGUGUGUGUGUAUAUAUAUAUCCAGUUGGGUAUUUUUCCUCCAUUCUUUUUCUUUAAACUACUACCCUUCUCUUUCAGGCACAGUUAAAAUACCUCCAAUGCAUUGCAACAGCUUGCUUGGUUCUUGCAGCAAAAAUCAAUGAAGAAGAUGAGGUGUGUAUGUUUUAAAUGUGGCAACCUAAGAGAAGGAUUUGUCUUCCAUUAAAGUGACAUGUACAGGAUCUUCACAGACACACACCCUUUUUUAUGGAUGUGUGUAGUUGGAAUGGCUCAAGCCACUGUGAAAGUCUAUGGGCAACCUGUGUCCGAGGGAGCCUGUCUGUCCCAAUAGGCUACCUGUCAGUUUUAAACCCAUUACGAAUGCUUAUUUCAAUGUAUCAGGUUACAGUGACAUUGUUGGAUGUUUGGCAGCAAAACUACUGUAGAACAUCUAGGUAAGUCACUCUCAGACUUGCCUUAGUCUGCUUGGAUCAUACACUCUCCGUUUUUCAGUUGCCUGUCUCAUUGCUAUGCUGCAUCUAUUGAUGCAUGGUGGUUGCCGAUGAAAUCAUACCGAUCCAUGCUUCGAUGGCCACAUGGUAUCCUGGACAAGCUUGCAAACAGUGCACCAAGUUGCAAUUGAAGGCUUGGGUCCACGCUACCUGAAAGAUUGCAUUUCCCUAUAGAAACCUGCUCAGGUGCUAAAAUGAGCACCUUCCCUUAGUCCCAUCAACAUCAGAAACAUGGUUGGUGGUGACAUGAGACAGAGCCUUUUUUGUGACUGCACCUGUUUUGUGGAAUUCGUUCCCAAGAGAGGUUAGAUUGGCUCCUUCUUCAUUAUCUUUCCACCGUCAAGCUGAGACCUUCCUAUUCAGACAGGCCUUAGUUUUCAAAGUGCUUAUUUCUGUUUGCCUCACUGCUUACCCCAGGAAAACCUGAUCUUUAAACUGGAACACAUGGCAAUCUGGUUUGGUCCAAUUUGUCACUAAAUAGCGGGUUUUCCAGGGGAAAGCAGCAGGGCAAAGGACCCAUGCUUAGAAAUUGUGGAGCAAACAGAAAACUGAUUGGACCUGUACUUUCUAGGCAUGGGGCAUAAAGAAGUGUGGCAGAGCCCUUGAUGCAGACGAAGGUUAUCACUGGGCUACCUUUUAAUUGCUGGUUUUUAAUGUCUUGUAAUGAAUUUUGAUUAUUCUUUUUAACUAGUUCAUUUUUAUUGCUCUGUAUUUUAUAAUGAAGCUUUUAAAAUGUUGGAAGCCACCUUGGAUCCCGACUUAAGAGUAGGUGGGAUAUAAAUACAUUGCAUAAAUAAAUUAAGUGGCAUUUCUGCAUUGGAUAUGCUGAAGAAUCCUGAACUCUGCUUUGAGCACUAGAUUGUUGAUUGUGUCAUCAAGUUCUUAUAAAUUCUAUUGUUUAGUUAAACAGGCUCUAAAUAGUAAUUGUUUCCUUUCUCAAAGAAUCCUUGAAAAACUGUGUACUAGUGGCCUGAUUUUAUGCUAUGUGUACAAAGUCACUGUAGAAGCUAGAAUACAACUGGGCCUCUGCUAUUGAACAAGAUCUGACAUUUAAAGCUCAGGAGUAAACUUCCUCAGAAAUGUUCAUAAUGAACUUUAGCCAGGCCUUCAUUCAGUGUAUGUUUUAGGGUUGGUGUCAAAACUUAACUUUAAUCCAGGGAUGGUUAAUCUGUUACCCACAGGCCCCAAGAGGUAUUUUUGCCCUCCCCACCCCAAAAUUUGUCCUUUUUUAAAAAAACAAAAGGAAAUUAAAAAAACCUUUUUUUAACAGAAUGGAUACUCUACUGUAAUACCAAAGUGUAUUUGUGCCUCCCAAUAUCCUUCAAAAAUAUGUUCAUUAACAACCCCAAGCCCUUAUAUUUAUGUAUUUAUACAUAUUAUAAAAUUACUGAUUACUCAGGCAGGUCUCCUACUGUGAUUCUGGAGUGUCAAAAGUUUUUUGUGUGACUUGCUCAAGACACCCCCCACCCACCCCAAGCAUGGUCCUUUUUAAAAAGCGGGGGCACAUUCACUGUACACUUCAUCCUCACCUACUUUGACAUGUGGACCUCAGAGAGUUGACCGUGGAUCAAUGUGGCCCUUGGCCUGCAGAAGUCCCCCUCUCUGGCUUUAAGGUUAGUACUCUAGAAGUGAAGAUGAAUAUGCAAUAAAGAUAGCCAAAUCGCAAGAAAAGAACCCCUCAAAGAAUCCAGCCAUUGUUUCAGAACACAAAAAAAGUUGAAGGCAAGUUGUUUUCAUACAUCCUCAAGAUGCAUGACCAGUGGAAUUAGUCUUAUACAUACAUAAGAGAAUUCACAAGGGUGGGGAAUUACUUUUAUUAAAAUCUGAGAACAUGGUGCUAUAAUGAAUAUUGGGAUUAUUUCAAGGGCCUCUUGGUUUUUACCCCAAAGAGGAUAGUUGAGUAGGCUGCAUUUCAUUUAUGUGAUAGUAGGGCGCACACACCACACCAUACAAAAUUUCAUAGGAAUUUGGGCUUCUUUUAUUAUUAUUAUUUUUCCUUUUGUUUUAAAACAGAUAAUACCAUCGGUAAAGAAGCUUGCAGUGCAGAGUGGUUGUAAAUGUUCUCCAGCUGAGAUUGUGAGAAUGGAAAGAAUUAUACUCAAUAAACUUCACUGGGAUCUUUACACAGCAACAUCAAUCGAUUUCUUAAACAUUGUAAGCACUAGACAUGUUUUCUUUUUCUUUUUUGCAAAAGGCUAAACUAGGGUUGUUGUUUUUACCAAAUAAGACUAGAAAACAGCAAUGGUGCACAUACAUUCCCUUCUAGUUAGCCUCGCAGACCACUCAUUCUUAACUAUCUGCAAAUCUUUUGAAGUGAAUUACUGUUCAAGAUAUUGAAAUUCCAUUUGAACACCCAACUAUUCCAUAAGUUUGAUUUACAAACAAUGUAGACUCCCAUUUUGAAAGGACAACUAAUAAUUGACUUUUAAAAAGAGCUCAUACUGUACCACUAGAGAUUUGUUCCGUUUGUUUUAAAUAUACACUGCAAAAAUAUUUCUAACUAUCUGCACUCUCAAUACUGUACAUAAAAAGCUUUCAGAGUUUUUGCUACAUUUCACAAAUGGGGCAUCUCAGAUCAGCUUUUCUUUACUCCUCACCCUGCAUAAAAACAUUUGACCCUCAUUUUUAGGCAAAUUAGAUCAUUCUGAUCUGGCACUUAAGUCACAUCUUAUUUGCUAAACAUUUUCCGGAAGAAAACUCCCCGUUAAGAAGUUACCAUGUGCUAUAGUAAGGCAAAAGUCGUGUGAUAAUGUCUCUCAGAGUUCAUCUCUUCACAGCAUGGGUGGGUGACCUGUGACUCUCUUAAUGUGGCUGGACCCCAGCUCCCAUCAACCCCAUCCAGCCUGGCCAGUGGUCAGCAGUGACAGGAGUUACAGUCCAGCAGUAUCCGGAGAGCUGCAGAGUCCCCAACCCUGCUUUAUAGCAAAGGGUGGAUUCCUGGGUCAUCCUGGCAUUAGGAUUGUUUGGGGGGAAAUGUCUGAUCAGAACCAGGAUGAUGAGAUUGCAUUAGUUCUGCUUCCAAGCAUCAUCAGUUGUUCUCUCUCUCUCUCUCUCCUGUUUGCUGGCUUGAAUUAUCACCGUUACUCAGUUAUACAAACGAGAAGUCAAAACCUUCUGAAUUGACAAUUGCGAACAAUGCAACGAAUUCAGAAUUAAGUUACAUUCAGUAGAAGCUUCAACAUUUCAAUAUUUGGCAAAUACGACACAAAUGGUAACAGCAGGACAAAAAAAUAAUAACAAAACUUCAUAAGAGGUUUCCUGCCAUGAAUAAGGAUUAGUUUGCACUUCUGGUCAAUGACAUAUGAAAACGUACAAAGUUCACAGUUGACCUCAGUUCUGUUUUUUUUAUAUAUAUAUAUACGUAUAUAUAUAAAUAAAUAUAAAUAAAUGUGCGUGUGUGCUUAAAUAUAUAUGUGUGUGUGUGUGUGAUAUAAAUGUUUUCUCUUCUCUCCAGUUCCAUGCCAUGGUGAUGUCCAAGCGGCCCCAUCUACUAAAUGGGCUGCCUCAGAGGAAUCCUUCCCGCCACGCCGCAUUCUUGACCAGGCAGCUACAGCACUGUAUGGCGUGCCACCAUGUAUUGCAGUUUAAGGGCUCCACAUUGGCUUUGGUGAUCAUCACCUUAGAGUUGGAGAGGCUGACUCCUGACUGGUUUCCUGUAAUUACUGAUCUGCUAAAAAAAGCACAGGUAGGAGUCAAACUGCCUUCUUUGGCACAAACCUGAGGCCAGCACAAAGACUGAAAAAGGAAAAAUGGAAAAACUUCACAAAUACUUUAAAGCCAUUUAAUGUACGUUUUUUCAUGUACUUCUCAGGAGUGCUGGGGUGUCUUUUGUUAGGAUGCAUUUUUUCCACCGCUGGAUGCAAAAUUCCAUGUUAGUGUAAUGAAAGUUAGGGUUCAGAUGAAGGGCAGCCAUUCCAAGCCCAUUAUUGGGUUAUGCGAUGCCAUGACAUUGUGCUUAAUUUGGGUCACACUUUCAAGAGAUGCUCUAAACAAUAGAGCAUCACCACUGUUCUCAUUCUGACAAUUUGUUACACCCCAAACUUUAAAAACUCACAUUGCCCAUUAUACCUGAAGGAGUGUCUCUACCCCUAUCGUUCAGCCCAGAUAGUAAGAUCCAGAUCCGAGGGCCUUCUGGUGGUUCCCGCAUUGCAAGAAGUGAGGCUACAGGGAACCAGGCAGAGGGCCUUCUCAGUAGUGGUGCCUGCCUUGUGGAAUGCCCUCUCACCAGAUGUCAAGGAAAUAAACAUCUAUCUGACUUUUAGAAGACAUCUGAAGCCAGCCCUGUACAUGUAGGUUUUUUAAAAACGUUUGAGGUUCUAAUACUUCGUUGGAAGCUUUCCAGAGUGGCUGGGGCAACCCAGUCAAAUGGGUGGCAUAUAAAUAAUAAAAUCAUUAUUAUUAUUAUCUCCAGUUCCCCAAGCCAAGCUCUAAAUGAGGACCUAGAGAAUUCAAGAGUAAUUAGGUUUGGCACUAGGCACCAAUGCAAUCCUGCUGUGAAGAAGGGGGGCAGAGUAGUCCCAAGUGUUCUGAAUGAAAGCACUAUAAAACCACCCUGGGGUAGGUGAGGAACAGUACAGCAUAGAACUUUGAGCCUUGCUUUACUCUCCAGUUCCUUGUCCUACCAUACUAAUCUUUAGGGGAGAGACCAGGUGUAACUCUGGCUUUUCUGCUAUAGCAGCUUUUCCCUGCCCCCUUCAAGCUCUAUAGUAAGUAUUAGGGGAUAUUUCUGUGCAAGAGUCAAAUUUCAAUGAUCUGAGUGGAGUUACCGUGUGACUCUUUUUUCCCUUUUUCUCCACUGGCACAAUGCCAUUUGGUAGGUUCCUGUGCAGCAGUAAGUCACGUGCUGGGUUCAAACACAGCAUUAAUCAAUGGCUGAACUUCCACUAUACUUUGAGCAAACAGUGGUUUUGAGCAGCUUGUCUGCUUUUGUUUUCCCAUCUGCUCAGGACAUGCUUCAUAAGUGCACUUCAGUCUGUGGUGCAUCAGCUUAGAGCAAUGGCUCUUUGUGCUUUUGUCAAUGGUCUGUGAAUUCAGAAACAGCAAGCCACAGUUAAUGCAGCUAUGGUUUGCAAACCAGCUUCAAACUGUAGCUCCAGAUCCUGGCUUGUGGGCACCAAACAAGCCAUGGUUUGUGUUAGGCUGACAACAAAACAAACUAUAUUUUUUUGUUGUGUUUGAACCCAGCCAGGAUAUACACAGACUCCACAUUUGCUAUAUGCAACAGAAACUAGUACAUGUUAUGCAUAUCCCCUGAAAUAGACUUUGACUUCAUUAGUUUAGUACAGCUGGAGAUACUGGAACUGAAAAUUGAUGACAGCUAAUAAUUUCAGAAGUUGAGAAAAAAAUAGUUGUGUUAUAUAUUGCAUUACAGAUCGACAGCACCCAAUUCAUCCACUGUAAAGAGCUUGUUGAUCAGCACCUCCUGGGCUUCCAACCAUCCAAUACUGUUUAUAUAUUCAACCCUGCAAACCAAAACAUCCAAACUCACUUGGACAAAAGGUUACCCUGCUGUUAUUCCACAGUGAAGCAAACGACACAGAUUAACUCAGGAGCCAGAGGGAGCGGGCCAGGCCCAUCAGCUUUCAUACUUCUCAGAGCCAAAACCCAUGAAGAUGACAUGCAGCCUGAUGAAUUCUAUGAUGGAUUCAAAUACCUGUACAGUGAAGAUGAGAUCCCAGAAGCUGGGCAGACCAGCAGUAUGGGUGGCAGUGAUAAUCAGAGGCAAGAAGAAAGCAACAGCACUUGUCCACCAUUACAGCCUGUUCCUCAAAUGGACUGAUUUCUGUGUAGCACCAUGGGACCAGUUAGUUCCAAAGGCUAUUUCAGAUGUCAGUAGAGCUGUUAAUAAGAAGCACUGCCUAUUUUUGAAACCUUUAACUCUCUACCUUUUAAAAUUCUUUCUGCAACCCUGCAUGCCUUUUUUCAUAGAGUUGGAAGGGACCCCAACAAGGGAAUGCAGGAAUCUCAGCCAAAGCAUCAAUGACUGAUGUCCACCCAACCUCUGCUUUAAAAUCCUCCAAGGAAAGAGAGUCCACAACCUCCCAAGGGAGACCACUCCACUGUCAAACAGCUCUUACCUUUGUUUUGAUAUGGCUACAUUCUAAGAGAGACUGAAAACUUAAAAAAAACCCACACAAAAAACAAAACCCUGAUCUAGAAGCAGCUGAAAUACACAACUUCAGGGAUCAGCAUUUAGCAGACUGGGCUAUGUGCUAUGCUUAGAAAUACAAAUCAAGCCUUAUUCCAGGGAGGAGUGGGAGCUUCCUAGGUUCCUCUUUCUUUUGUGUACACAGUAGGAUAGUUUGUUUUUAUUCAGACACUAAUUGUGGUCUCCUGCACAAGCUAACCUAUUGUACGUCAUUACUGAGCUGUGAAUGAGUCCUGAACAUUAGUUGUAGGGAUGAGUAGAUGAAUGACAUGCAACUAGGCUCAGACUAAGCUUAGAUAGGGGCCGGCAUGAAGACAUUUUCCAGGCGUUGAUAAAAUAGAACACCACUUGGAUAAAGGUGUGUGAGCUGGGCUUCAACCUUAGUGAAAUUGUGCUACAAGAAGAGUUUACCCUUGCUGAACAAUUUAAACUUUUCUCCCUGCUGACUGACUCUGAAAUCAAAGACAACUGGAGUGCUCAUCAGAUUUCAACCCUACUGGACUAUGGAACAAUUCUUAAAACAUUGGAACUUUUCUUCACACUGUGUCUCUGGCUUCUUUGCCAUGAGGUCUUUUCGACAAGUUCAGAGGAAGUUGUCCUUAGAGGAGAGAUUGCAGUAAAAUUAUUCAAGGGUCACAUUUAGCAAAAAGGGAAGGGGGCAGCAUUUAAAAUGAUUCAUUUUUAAAAUUAUGUAUGGAGCAAGCUUUCCUUUCCAGUUGUCAGGGCUGACAGCUCAAAUUCAAGUGAGCUAACCAUUAGUAUACACACCAUCACCAUCCUGUAUUAGGUUUAUUUUACAAUGACAUGCUCAGCUGAAGCAUACCUGUAUCUGGUCAUGCAAUCCAGCUCUGAAUGAAUACUGCAAGCAUCAUGCAAAGUUCAUCUGAGUAGAUAAUUGUGAAGUCCUUCAGUACUUGGUGCCUUAUUCCUAAAUGCAAGAAAUGGGCAGGCCUGUGUUGAUGUGAAAUACGCUUGCUAAUGAGGUUGGAUGAGCAACAAAAUGUUGGCUUCUGGCACUCUUAUCUAUGGGAAGGGGGCCACCAUUUCUGCACAUAGCAUUGGAGAAGGAUGCUGUAGCCACAUUUCCGCAGUUAUGCCAUAGAACUGUAGAAUGGCGCAGAAUUCACCACCCCAGAAUCUUUUUCAUUAAAAAAAUUAAAAUAAGAUUCUAGCCCUAUGAAAGGACAUAAAAUACACCCAUACAACUUGUGACUCACAUAGUUGAACAUAGUACCCCCAGCCAUGUAUUGUAGCUUACCAAAUAGUUCUCAUUGCUCUUACAAUUAUAGUCGCUGGCAGGCAAUUAAAAUUGUUGUUGCUGUGGAGGGACACCAUCUCUGGUGAUCUGUAUUUGGUUUGAUGGGCCAUGUAGUUCAGGACUGAUAUAGACAAUACAGUGGUACCUCCGGUUGCGGAUGGGAUCUGUUUCGGAGCUCCAGUCAGAUCCCAAGGUUUCCGCAACUGGAGGGACCGCUUCUGUGCAUGCACGUGCGGCGUAGACCAGAUUGCUUCUGUGCAUGCGGCGAAACCCGGAAAAAUACUUCCAGGUUUGCCGCGUACGUCUCCCGAAGGAUACGUAACCAGAGGUGAACGUAAGUAGAGGUACCAUUGUAGUUCUAUUGGAUUUUUAUUUAUACAGAUAUAUUCCCUGUCUUUUAAUGAUAAAAUCAGGUAUCCUGUGCUUCCUUCAGAGAGCUCAAAGCAGCCCACAUAGUUCUUUCUGUUUUUAUACUUGGGACAAUCCUAUAGGUCAGGCUGAGAGAAUGUUGCAGCCCAAGGUCACUAAGUCUAAGUGGGAAUCUGAACACAGAUUUCCUCGGAAGCUAAGGAGGUUUUCUAGUGAUGCAGAGGAGGAUUUCAGGCAGCUGGAUCGCCUAUUGCCCUCCCACAAAAGCAGAAGUAAGUUGUGCAAAAUAAGCCGUGAAUAUGCUUCAUUUUCAAGUGUCUCACAGAUUUUAGCUUUUCUUGAUGCGGCAUUCAUAUUAACUUGAGCAUGUUGCUUUAAUGUUAAAAAGCAUACAGAGCCCUGUCUAUGAAAGCUCAAACCCUUGUUUCAGCAGGAAGAUGUACAACAGCACAGUGCUGAGCUGUGCACAGAAAUAGGCUCAGAUUCUAUAACGCUGACGGGUACAGUGGAGCAAAAAUAGUUCAAUUGUGAUUGGAUACCACAAGGAGACUGUAGAUCAAUGUCACAUUGGCAGCUCUAGUCUGCAGCAAGCAGUUGAAAGGAGAGAUAAGGGAAUAGGUACAGAUACUUACUGCAGGUCCAGUAUUGCUAGAUGAGCAGUCUGUCCCUAGUCCCACUUGGCGUAACAAUCAAUAAAUAACUCUGCAGCAAGAAUCCCACACCUGAUCAAUGCUGCAGCAGAGGUGCAUUUAUCACAUGUGCAUGUGCUUAUGCCAAUUGUCUUUUUGUUGUUUAGUCGUUUAGUCGUGUCCGACUCUUCGUGACCCCAUGGACCAGAGCACGCCAGGCACUCCUAUCUUCCACUACCUCCCGCAGUUUGGUCAGACUCAUGUUUGUAGCUUCAAGAACACUGUCCAACCAUCUCGUCCUCUGUCGUCCCCUUCUCCUUGUGCCCUCCAUCUUUUCCAGCAUCAGGGUCUUUUCCAGGGAGUCUUCUCUUCUCAUGAGGUGGCCAAAGUAUUGGAGCCUCAACUUCACAAUCUGUCCUUCCAGUGAGCACUCAGGGCUGAUUUCCUUAAGAAUGGAUACGUUUGAUCUUCUUGCAGUCCAUGGGACUCUCAAGAGUCUCCAGCACCGUAAUUCAAAAGCAUCAGCCUUCUUUAUGGUCCAGCUCUCACUUCCAUACAUCACUACUGGGAAAGCCAUGGCUUUAACUACACGGACCUUUGUUGGCAAGGUGAUGUCUCUGCUUUUUAAGAUGCUGUCUAGGUUUGCCAUCGCCUUUCUCCCAAGGAGCAGGCGUCUUUUAAUUUCGUGACUGCUGUCACCAUCUGCAGUGAUCAUGGAGCCCAAGAAAGUAAAAUCUCUCACUGCCUCCAUUUCUUCCCCUUCUAUUUGCCAGGAGGUGAUGGGACCAGUGGCCAUGAUCUUGGUUUUUUGAUGUUGAGCUUCAGACCAUAUUUUGCGCUCUCCUCUUUCACCCUCAUUAAAAGGUUCUUUAAUUCCUCCUCACUUUCUGCCAUCAAGGUUGUGUCAUCUGCAUAUCUGAGGUUGUUGAUAUUUCUUCUGGCGAUCUUAAUUCCGGCUUGGGAUUCAUCCAGCCCAGUCUUUAGCAUUUUGCAAUUGUCUUUAGCAUUUUGGAAAAACUGUUUCUCAAGUUAAACGCAUUAAUAGGGGCAGCCCUUAAAUGUUUUAGCCCCAAAUCCUUAAAAGCCGUUUGUGCAACCGCAUUGGGCCUACCUUUAAAGAAUGACGUGAGGGUGAAGAUGGCCCCAGAUACACACUUUGGCACCAAAUGAUACCCCUUCGCACAUAGUAAAAAUGUCAGUCAGCUUCAUUAUUGACUAUUUUUGCUCUCUCUGCUCAUGGUCCCCCAAACUGUGCUUACUGAGGUGCUCCCUACCUAAUGGCAAGGGACAGAAGGAUCAAUAGUGCAAUAUAUGCAUAAAGUCUUUUUAAAGACUCAGCAAAAAGUCACAUCAAUGUGAAGAUCGAAUGUGAAUAAGGGAUCUUUUGCACAGCUGCUGUGGAACACAGUAGCUAUGGAAAAACCACAGGUGAUAUUCUGGUUCCCAGCCUAUCGCCAGAUGGAUGUGGGUACAACACUGCAGCUGCUUGUGAGACAAAAUCUGCAUUAUGUUAGCAGUCCGUGUUUCUGCCACAGUGUGCAUGCUUCCAUUCAGCUUGCUCACACGGCUCUCUCAGAAACUUUUCCUGUGGUAACCACAUGCCUGAUGGUUGCGUGAAGAGGCCCUGAAGCACACCUGGCAGGUGUACAUUGCAGCAAGUGUUGGAAUACGUCAGGAAAGCACAUGAAAGCUACCAAAAAAACCUCCAAACUGUGAAUGUUAUGCUUAGUGCUUAAGAACUCAAAGCAAUACCUUGCCAGCAUGGCAGCAUAGGAGUGGUGCUGAUACAUAGGAAAUAAGCUAAGAACCGAGGAAUUUAAUUAUGUAGCAUGUUAAACUGCAAAAUCAGUUGGAGUUUCUCUAGUCUAGUUAUUCAGGGAAAGCUUGGAACAAAACAUCCUUGGUCUUGCUUUUCUCUUUAUGGGACCAAAAGCACUGUCCUUUUCUUUGAUCACAAACUGUGACUUGACUGUUUAUAUUUUUAAUAUAGGAAAACAUUUUUUUUGUUUUUAAUGUGGGUGACCGCUCCCUUUUCGUUAUAUAAAAAUGUACUUGAAA